AUGCCGGGCAUAGAUCGAAGCAUCAUAACCCACAAGCUUGCAGUCGACCCCAGCGGAAAACCAAUGCAUCAACGAAAAAGGUAUAUGUCGGCAGAACGAAGAGAGUUCGUGAAAAUGGAGGUGACCGCGUUGCUCCACGUAGGGCACAUCAAGGAGAUUUACUACCCACAGUGCCUGAGCAACGUAGUCUUGGCUCCCAAAGGAUCAACGUGGAGGAUGUGCAUGGACUACAUGGACCUCAAUAGGGCAUGCCCUAUGGACCGUUUUCCACUACCCAAUAUAGAUCAAUUGGUGGAUGAGACGGCAGGAUGUGAACUUAUGAGCUUCAUGGACGCCUUCCGUGGGUACCAUCAGAUAUCCAUGCAUGAGGAGGACGCUGAUAAGACCGCCUUCACCACUCCCGAGGAGAUAUUCCGCUACUUGGUCAUGCCAUUCAGAUUGAAGAAUGUCGGGGCCACAUACACUCGCAUGGUGGCAAAGCUGUUCAAGACGGUAUUGGGACGAAACAUGGAAGCAUACGUGGACGACAUGAUCGUCAAAAGUCGCAAGGCCACCUCCCAUGUCGAGGAUCUCAGCGAGGUAUUUUCCAUUAUGAAGAAAUUUAAUUUGCGCUUGAACCCAAAAAAAUGCACCUUCGCCAUUGAUGGGGGCAAAUUUUUGGGCUUCAUGGUCACUAGGAACGACAUCGAGCCGAACCCAGAAAAGGGUGCGAUUAUCUCCGUACUGGUCAAAGAAGAAGGAGGGACUCAGCGUCCCAUCUACUACAUAAGUAAAGCCCUACACAACGCGGAGCUCCAGUACAGUGUGUUGGAGAAAACAGUAUUUGCCAUAGUCACUUCAUCAAAAAGGUUGGCUCACUACUUCCAAGCUCACCCCAUCCAUGUACUCUCACAUCAGCCGUUGGGGAGUUUCCUCCGGAAUACUAACAGCUCCGCCAGGAUGGCACGGUGGGCCAUGCACCUCAGUCAGUUUGACAUAGACUUCAAACCGAGGCCUGCCGUCAAAGGCCAAGCUCUUGCAGACUUUAUAGUGGAGUGCAUAGCUUGGGAAGUGACGGACCAGGUAGAAACUAAAGAUGGAGGGUGGUGGACUUUGUCCACAGACGGUUCUUCCAACAACAAAGGUUGCGACAGCGGCGUAAUGCUCGUCACUCCGGAGGGAUUCCGCGUCUACUAUGCCAUCCGAUUCCACUUCAAGUUAUCUAACAAUGAGGCGGAGUAUGAGGCCCUCCUCAAUGGGCUGCGGUUGGCGGCAGGACUACGAGCUGAAAAGGUCCGAAUUCGAUGCGAUUCCAAGCUGGUAGUCAGCCAGGUGUCUGGGGAGUAUGAAGCCAACGAAGGAAGCAUGCAGAAAUACAGAGACGCGGUGCUGAGAACAUUGCGCGAGUUUGAGGGAUAUGAAAUACACCAGGUACCAAGAGAGCAGAACGCCGACGCCGACAUGCUCUCAAAACUAAGUACCGGAGUCCCCAGCCACAUUAGGAAGAUCGCUCGGCUAGAAAACCUCAAGACUUCAAGUAUUGACGUUUCGUGGGUCUUCCCUGUGCAGACUAGGGAGCCAUGUUGGAUUGAUCAUAUCAAGCGAUACAAGGCAGAUGGCGCCUUACCACAAGAUGAGGCAGACGCAAAGGUAACAAAGUUACGGGCAACCAGCUACGUCGUCUCGGGCGAUAAGCUAUACAAACGCUCCUACAACGGCACGUUACUGAGGUGUCUAUACCUAGAUGAAGCCAAGUUGGUGAUGAAAGAAGUCCACGAGGGGGUAUGCUCCGCGCACCAAGGGGUGUACACCAUUGCACGGCGCAUCAUGUUACUAGGGACUGCGCCAAGUAUACAAAGCGAUGUCCCAAGUGCCAAGAAUUCCAGGCACUACCAGGUAAUCACAGACAAUGGUCGUCAGUUCGAGGCAUGUGAAUUUUCAGAAUUCUUAGCAGGAUGGGGCGUUAAGCAUAGCCGGGUGGCGGUAUCUUAUCCUCAGGCGAACGGGCAAGUGGAGAAUGCGAACAGAACCAUCCUCGACGGCCUCAAGAAAAAGCUAGAAGUAGCCGGCGGAGCUUGGGUGGAGGAACUCGACGGCAUCCUCUGGGCCUAUCGCACAACACCAAGAAGGGAUACCGAAGAAACCCCGUUUGCACUCGCCUAUGGAUUCGAAGCUCGGGCCCUAGUGGAAGUAAUCAUACCUAGUAGAAGGGUGGAGGAGUUCGAGUCAGAACAAAAUGAACUCUACCAAAGGGUGGAUCUGAACUUCUUAGAUGAAAAUAGAGAAGCGGCAUUCUGCAAAAUGGAGAACUACAGUCGUCAGCAAAAGUCCUACCACGACGCAAAAGUUCGACCCCGGUAUUUCCAAGUCGGCGACCUUGUGUUGCGAAGAAGGGAAGCUAGCCAACCCCUGGAAGGGGGAAAAUUCGCAAAGAAAUGGGAUGGGCCUUAUGCCGUGGAAGAGGUCGUUCGCCUAGGAACAUACAAGUUAAAAACGACAAGGGGAAGGAUGAUCGAUCGGGUAUGGAACUCGGAACAUUUGAUCAAGUAUUUCCUUAAAUAUCCUGUAGUGGUAAUCAUUGGAACUAGUACUUGGUAA